UGCGAAUCGGAGAGCUGAUCAACAUGCAAGGACUGUUGUUCAUAUUCCAAGUUUGCUUCGUCGGAAGCCGUUGUAUUUAUGAGCAAGUUUAAAACAAUUAAAGACCGUCUUCCAGUUUUAACUUUAUUUAACAGUAGCAGUAAAAAUGAAGAACCGAUAGACGAACGGCUGAAACCCGAGCAGUUUUCGCUGUUGAAGGUAAAAAUACACUAGUCAAAAUUGAAGUUGGUAUAUUAUGUAAACAUCAAUCCUUCACGUACUCUUCUUGCCUUUCUUUAUAGACUGUUCGGCAUGGCUUUCCUUAUAAACCAACCUGUCUCGCAUACGAUCCGUUACAGAAAUUGCUGGCCAUCGGAACGGCGAAAGGGUGUAUAAAUUUGUAUCCUUUUUGAUCGUAUAAUCUUUCUAAGCCAUUUUUAGCCUUCGACAUGCAUCGCUUAGCUCGGCUAAGUAUUAUUGAAACACUCUGUUGUUUUAUAUAUUGCAGCUGUUUUGAAACGUAAGUCAUCCCACUUUAUUAAGGCCUAAUAUUCGUUUGUAAAACUGUUCAUUUUAGCCAAAGCUUUGCCUGGGAACGUGAAAUAUUCUCGUGAGGAACGGGUCAUUUCAUAAUUACUGUAAAUAUGUGUUGCAAAUUUACAGUAAUUUUGCCGUUGUUAAUUUAUAUUUCAAACUGCAGUCAUAUGGAUUUAUUAUUAACGCUUAUUUAAGUAUAUGUCGUUUUCCCCCUAUAUUAAUAAAAAAGCAGUUUUUUGCUAGAUAAUUUAAGUCUAAUUUUGUUUAAUAUAUCCGUUGUAGAGUUUCAUUUUUAUUAAUACAAUUAAGAUAUUAUAUAUUCACCGUUUAAUAUAGCUAAAAAUAUUUAAUAAUUUAACAGAUAACACAUGAUAUUUUUAGCUUGAGGAAAUCACAUAUACAUUGCAAAAAUCCCAAAAUUUACCCAUAUUGAAAAUUUACUACCUUAUAUUAUAAUAAUUAUAUUAUACAUGAACUUGUAUAAUAUAAUAUAAGGUAGUAAGGACGUUAGGUAUAAGGAAAAGGUAGUAAGGUAUAAGGAAAGCUUGCCCAGUGUGGAUAUACACUCAGAGUAACAUCACAAGCAUCAUAUUCACCUGAGUACGUUACACCAACACAGCAACAAUCAUCAUUAGAUUACAUUGAUAUCGAAGGAACUAGAUUCUGUUCCGAAAUAUCACAUACUCGAACCGACCUGACCGCAUAGCUUAGUUGGCAGAGCAUUGUGCUAGUAUUCCAAAGGUCGUAGGUUCGAUUCCCACCGUGGUCAGGCAUAUUUUUCAAGCUUGCCCGGUGUGGAUAUACACUCAGAGUAACAUCGUAAGCAUCAUAUUCACCUGAGUACAUUACACCAACACAGAAACAAUCAUGAACUUGUGGUUAGAUCUCGACAACUGGUUUCCGCAGCUCGGUUGGUUAGAGCGCUGCACCGGAAUUGCAGGGCCGCGGGAGGCCCUAUUGUUGCAUUUUUUGCAGCUUCCUGUGGUUAAGUCUAAUAAAUGUUUAAAAUUCACACUCUGUGUACAAAAUUGUUCAACAAUAAUAUGCUAACCCUGUUAUAAUGAAAAUACGGCCUGCUAAAUGUCACCGACCAAAAUCACGGACACCUUUUGUCUAUUCUUACGACAGCAAAAUGGUGACAUUAAUCAACUUUGACUUCCCCAAAUCAAACCAUUCAAUUCUAUCGAACAGUUGUUGCAAUUGCCGGCGAUAAUGCCAUCAAAGAUGAAAUUAUCGACGGCAAUUUUUUUGCAGGCGACAAAUUUUUGUGGUUGCUGCCUUCUCAAUUUGAUUAAUUCUUUUAAGUGUUAACAGAUGAUUAUAAUCAUUGAUUAUUUGAGGAUUGCUGGUCUCAGUGUAUAUGAAAGUGAAACAGGGUGCUCUCAAUAUCGAACACUUAACAUCAGUAGAGUCAAGAUGUAUACUGUAAAAACAAUGCAGUUUCAAUCUCUAACAAAGACAUUAACAACAAUUAGGUACAUAUGAUACAUUAUUAUGCUCCGUCAGUUCAAAUUGUCAUUUAGAAACAAAAAAAAAUUGCGGCCGAUCGACGCCACGAUUUUUUCCUGUGAAGAUUUAUCAAAAUUGCGAGGACUGUUCGAAUAUAUGUGACCAAUAUAUAUCAACAGUCACUGAAUUUAAGAUAUCAGAGAGUUCCACGAUACCACGAGAGUUUGGAAUUGUCUUCUAACAGACUUGAGACAUCCUAAUAUAUGUUUAAAGGAAAAUGGUGAUAUAUUUGUUUUAUUUUCUAAUUUGAAAGAACUUUUAAGACUAUAUAUAAUACUUUUUUACUGUUUUUUUCAUAUCUUGCUUACUUCUACAAAUAUUUUGAUCGAAAGGAAUGAAAUGUUCGCCAUCUUCAAUUUUUGUAGAUAUGCAUGUCACGUCACAACAGAGGUCACAAUAUUUUUGUCUAGACAACCACUAAUCAUUUUGCACUCAAAACUAUACUCUGUUUGCCCUUCGAAAUAUCAAGAUCACUCAAAACCUUUAAAACAUCUGCCAAUCAAUAUUUGGUCGGCAACGAAUACUUUUAUAUGGUUAUCCCUGUUGUGACGUCACCUAAACGACCGUUAAUGAGAUAUAAAAUUUAUCCAAGAUGGCGGACAUCUCGUUACUUCAAGUGAAAAUGUUUCAAGAACUAAACAAGAUAUGAAAAAUCGGUAAAAGAAGUUAAUAUAUAGUUUCAAAAGUUCUUUCAAAUAAGAAAAUAAAACUUUAUAUUGCCAUUUCGCUUUAAGUUUAUUUAAGAGAUUGUUGUGAUUGUAUGUAUGUGAAACUUUAUAAUAUCCAUGCUCAGGCCUCGUCAACUAUAUAUACUUGGUUUUGGUAAAGUUACAUCUGUUUCAAUAUUUUGCAAGUUAUAUUAUGAGAUUGAAGAAUUUUAUGAGAUCUGUGGCAGUGUGGUUGUUCAGUAUUUUAUACAUCAAGACCGCUUUAUUUUGAAGGCGCCUUUUAUCAAAUGUCUCCUAUCCUAGGCUUUCCAAAACAUUCUAUAGGUCGAACAUCGUAGCUGGCUUUACUGAUAACCCAAGCUGCUGUGUUUUGAAAAUUUUUAAUUUUUCUUGCAGUCCUUUACCUACAUGUGUCCCACAAUAGGGAACAAUAAUCAAAAUAAGGCUGUACCAGUGCAUUAUAAAUGUCUUGUAAUGUUGUUCGAGAAACAUACGGUUGUACUUGAGACUAUUACAGACCUGCCAACCCUUGAGACUAGCAGAAAUAGUGAGUUGCUAUCUAAAAAGUCGUGAGAUUGACUGAAAAAUCGUGAGGUUUGCUCAUUAAUAUGACCAGGGUUAACUUUAACAACACUAGAAAAUAAUCAAUAGAUAUUCAAUCUUAUGAUAGUAUGCAUUUAUAUGUUGUUAAUAUAACCGUAAAUGCAAGGCUUAUUAAAAAUAGGUGUUUUUUAUGGCUUUAGUAGCUCCCAGUGUCAUUACGAGUUUGUUGGGCUUGGAAAUAUAACGCAAUAUCUGUACAAAAACAAGGAAACUACAAGUAAUAUUAAAACUAGCAGGACAAUAAACUUAGCAGGAUACGCCUUUUACUUUGUAACACAAACAUCACACAUACUAAAUUCUGGCGUUGUACAUUGCGCAUGCAUUAUUAAUACACUAAUAAAGUGUGAUGUUUCCUUGGAAGAGUGUGCCUUAUUGUAACUAGAUGUUGCGCUCUUCGAUGAUUUCAUAAGUUCCGAAAAUCGUGAGAUUUGGGGUCUUAAUCGUGAGAUCGUGAGAAAGCAUCAAUCGUGAGACUUGGCAGGUCUGCAUGCUAUUAUUCAAAAACCAUGCACAAUUGUUUUGAUGCAGAGGACCAGAGCAGUCGGUUAAAUUGUAAGUUGUAACUGUUGUCGAAGUUUGAACAAUGUUAUCAACUGUUCACUACUGUUGGUUCUAGAUAAUGUAUGUUCCUGUAGAUGGAAAUUAUCAAGUGGAAAUUUAUAGACCUGCUGCUCUGCAGGAUCUUAGCUAUAGAGGGCCAUCUUAGCCGUGUUAUCGCGGCCAAAAACAGAAAAACACGGCUAGAUAAAAUGAACGCGGCGUCAUUAUUUAUAUAAGGUCGUGUAGGUUCAUAAAAUAAGGUGUUCCUACUUACAACAGACAUAAUUUCUUCCAAUUUACGUCGUAAGAAAGUUUCUAAAAUCUACUGUAGUUGUUGAAAUUGGAAAAAGUGAUCCGUGAUGUUUUAAUGUUUUGAUGGAUAAUGAGAACCAUAUGGUAUUAAAAUGGUUUUAAUAUAGUUAGCUAUAUUUCUUAAAUAGUUAGCUAUAUUUCUAUAUCUCCUGGUAUAGUGUAAACUGUUUGAGGAGUACUUGAUUAAAGAUUAAAAGACCACUCAGCACGGCAUUUUCACAUUGGUACUACCCACACCAUGGUACAGACAGUUUUAGUAUAUACAUCUUGCCACUUAAACGAUUAACAGGAUACAUUGGCAGAUCCGAUAUUGUGAAGAUAAAACCUUAACGAGUAUGACAGUUACGGUCAACCAGGAGUCCAAUGUACUGUGUCGCAUGACAAGAAAGUUGCUGUACAGAAAUUGCUGUUUUUAAUUAACGAGGUAACGUUACAUCAUGAUUUGUUAUUUACAGCCCUCGAAAAAAAGUCAAAAUUGAGCUCUGAAAAAAGUCUGGUUAGAUCGCGUACUAUCUCGGGAAUCAAUGAC